AUGGCUGACUCUGCCGAGAAUCGACGCGUGUCUCGCCCGUCGCUGCGUCGGGCGAGCACGGUGCACACCAAUGAGUUUGAUGAUUCGUUUGUUGGACGCACUGACAUCCGCAGGGUACGAUCGUUCUUCCGUCGCGAUCCCCAUGUGGGAGUGGUCAGUCACAAUGAUCUGCGUGACAGGGAGGAUCUGGAGAUCCAUACGUGGAACGGAAAGGAUGAUCCGGAUAAUCCAUUCAACUGGAGCACCACGUACAAAUGGGUUCUCACUUUGACUGUUUGCUUUAUUUCCGUUCUGACCGGCAUCCCCGCCGGUUCCUACGGCUCCGGCAACAACUGGAUGGAAUCUCAAUUCCACGUGCAAAACACCCCUUUCCCUAACCUCUACUGGGCCACCACCUCCUGGAACAUGGGGGCGGCCUUCUGGCCCCUCAUCUUUGUUCCCCUGACGGAAGCCUCCGGGCGCAUGCCUGGCUACUUCGUGGCCUACAUCAUCCUCAUCAUCUCCCUCUUCCCCUCCGCCUUUGCCCAAAACUACGCCACGCUCGUGGUGACCCGCUUCUUCGGCGGCGGGGCCUCCUCCGUCUCCAUCAACAUCGUCGGCGGCAGCAUCAGCGACGUCUGGUACGGCGACAAAGCGCGCAGUCUCCCCAUGUCCAUCUUCGGCCUGACCAGCGUGAUCGGCAUCGCCCUGGGCCCCUUCGUCGGCUCCGCCAUCGUCGCCAUCCACAAAACCGACCCCUGGCGCUGGAUCUUCUACGUCCAAAUCAUCUACCUGACCGGCCUCCUCCCCAUCUUCUGGUUCCUCCUCCACGAGACCCGCGCCGACGUGAUCCUCGCCCGGCGGGCCAGAAAACUCCGCAAAGAAACCAACCGGCUCAUCUACGCCGAAGCCGAACUCGACAACACCAGCGUCUGGCGGCUGCUUCAAAUCUCCUUCGAACGACCCACCCGCAUGCUCAUCACCGAACCCGUCGUCAUCUUCUUCACCCUCUGGAUCUCCUUCGCCUGGGGCAUCCUCUACCUCUUCUUCAGCAGCGUCGUCCAAACCUUCAGCACCAACUACGGCAUGAAUACCCUGCAGACGGGGCUCAUCCAACUCGCCAUCUCCGUCGGCGCCGUCAUCGGCACCAUCGUCAAUCCCCUCCAGGACAUCCUCUACCUCCGCUCCGCGAAACGCAACCCCGAAAAGCCCGGUAAACCCGUCCCGGAAGCCCGUCUCUAUACCAGUAUCGGCGGGAGCUUACUCUUCGCGGGAGGGCUCUUCUGGUACGGCUGGUCCAGUUUUCCUUUCGUGCAUUGGAUUGUGCCUACCUGCGGGAUCGCCGCCUGCGGGAUUGGCAUCUACAGUAUCUACAUGGCGGUGGUGAACUAUCUCACCGAUGCGUAUGAAAAGUACGCCGCGUCUGCAUUGUCCGCUGCAUCCUUAGGCCGGAAUAGUUUCGGGGCGUUUUUGCCCUUGGCUAGUUACGAGCUGUUCGAGACAUUGGGGUAUGGCUGGGCGGGGUCCCUCUUGGGGUUCAUUGGCCUCGCGUUGUCCAUUGUCCCGGUGGUGUUGGUGUGGAAGGGACCGGAGAUUCGUCGUCGGAGUCCGUUCAUGCGGGAGUCGACGUUUGCGACGGAUGAGGAGGAGGAUGUUGUCUUAGAAAAGGAGGGGGAGGGGGGUGGCGAGGUCACGGGGACGGUAUAUCGCGAUACGCAUACGGGGUAUCCGCAGCAUGAUCGGCAGCAGCAGCAUUGA